GUUUAUUUUGUCUUUUUAAACAGAUAUAUAAUAGAACUAUGUCCACUGCAGCAGAAAUAGAUAUCGCUCAAUACAACACUGUUACUGAAGGAAAGGCUACCAUUCUUUUUCCCAAGAAAAAUGAAGUGUUCUAUAAUCCAGUUCAACAGUUUAACCGUGAUAUGUCCAUUGCUGCUAUUCGUACUUGGAGCGAGAUUUACAACCAAGAGAAAGCAGAUCGCUUACAAAACAAGAUCAACAAGACAAAAGACAAGGAAACAAAGGAAAAGCUUGAAAAGUCCAUGGAGAAGUUCAAGACAGAUAACAACUUUACUAUUCUCGAAGCUCUUGCUGCUAGUGGCUUGAGAUCUGUUCGAUAUGCUAAAGAAAUCCCUCAAUUGAAGCAAGUUGUCUGUAAUGAUAUUGAAUCAGAUGCUAUUGAAGCUAUUCGACGUAAUGUCAAGUACAAUGGUUUAUCGGAAGAAUUGGUGAGACCCAAUCACGGUGAUGCUAUGCGUGUUAUGUAUGACACAGUGGGCACAGAUGAAAAAUUUGAUGUGAUUGAUCUGGAUCCCUAUGGCAGUGCUGCACCCUUUAUUGAUGGUGCAGUUCAAGCAGUGGCUGAAGGUGGUUUAUUGUGUGUGACUUGUACAGAUCUUGCCAUUUUAGCUGGGUCCAUGCAUCCUGAAACUUGUUUUGGCAAAUAUGGUGGUAUGCCCUUAAAGCAUAUGUUUCCACAUGAAAUGGCACUUCGACUUGUGUUGCAAAUGUUACAGACAUCAGCUGGUCGUUACAAACGUCAUAUUGUCCCACUUGUGUCUUGUAGCAUUGAUUUUUAUUUACGUGUGUUUGUGCGUGUCUAUACAUCACCUAAACAAGUCAAAUAUUCUGCAACAAAAACAGCUAUUGUCUAUGAAUGCUCAGGCUGCCAUGCUUACACUGUUCAAUCUCUUGGUAAGGUUGGCUUAAAAGACAACGGCGCUGAGAGACAUACACCUGCCAAUGGUCCCAGUGUCAACUCUUUAUGUGAAAACUGUCAUAGUACACAUCAUAUCGGUGGUCCUGCCUGGAGUGGCCAAUUGCAUGACGAUACAUUUGUAACCAAGAUGCUUCAACAUGUCAAGGACAAUGAGUCCUGCUAUGGCACAUCUGCUCGUAUGAAGGGCAUGUUAUCUGUGAUCAAAGAAGAAAUUCAUGUACCUUUCUAUUGGACACUUGCUCGCUUAUGUGGUACUGUUCACUGUACUAGUAUUCCCAUGUUAGAUCUCUAUAGUGCCAUUUUAAAUGCUGGUUAUCAAGUAUCUGCUUCUCAUGCAGGCAAACAAUCUAUUAAGACAGAUGCUCCUUCCCAUGUUAUGUGGGAUAUCAUGAGAGCUUGGGUCAAGAAGAACCCUGUUGUGAUGAACAAUAUCAGUGAAAAUUCACCUGCUAGAGUCAUUCUUGCUAAAGAACCUACGCUUGAAGUGGAUUUCACAAGACAUCCUAGAGCAUUGUCUGAAUCCAAAUCUGAACAUUUGGUGCGUUAUCAAAUUAAUCCAACACCUAAUUGGGGACCUAAAGCAAGAGCUGGACAAAAGAGAAAGACAGAUGAACAGGUCUUUUAAAAAAUAAAUAAAUAAAUUAAAUCUCAGU